UAAUGCAAGUUCUUAAAUAAUAGCAUUUCGAAUGGAUUUCUCGCAUUAAACAUGGUUGGCUAUGUCAAUAAAUAAACUACUUAAAUUAAAUAGGGUUUAGUUUAACUAUUUUUUUUUGUACCGGUUGCUGUUUUAACUCCAGUCCAGCAGGUGGCGAUGAUGUCGAUGUAAACCAGCUUACCACUUUCCAACACAAACAUGAAGAAAAAGAAGAAGAAGAAGAAGAAGAAGAAGAAGUAAAACGAUUCUGCUUUUUUGGUAGCUUAGCCCUGCUGAGGCUUCAAAUACUUUGACAAGUGCGGUUAACCAAACUUGGGACACACUGUCUGCUUAACUGCUGCCACCUGCGAACCAUGGCGGACUAUGAGUUUCUGCUGGACGUAGACAGUCCGGGCGUCCAGGACUGUUGUUGUGUCUGUCGCUCGUGUUGUUAUUGUAGCUGGCGCUAGCGUUAGCUCCGUUAGCUGAUACUGCUGUCUUCGCUCUCAGCAUAACCCGACAUUGAUUCAUUGCAGCGGGGCUGUAAACCGCAUAAACAAGGUAACUCUGGAGCAACUUAACCCAGCUAUGUCUUUGUUCCCGCUAUAUAUUCCUUUCGUAAUUGGCCACGGCCAGUAUUUAAGGCAAGAUUGUAAUGUUAGAUAUGCUCACAUUAAUUGACACUUCGAUUUAAAUUAUGCUUAACUCUGAGAAAGACCUUUUAGUAAAAUGCUCCUCUUAACUAAGGUGAGCUAAUAAACCCAAUGCUGUCAGCGUGUAACUUCAGCCAGAUGGCGUCAAUGCUGUCUACAUGGUUAAAGCUGAGCCGCAAGUAGCAGCCGGUGAUCUGGCUUCGCCUCUUCACGACACAUCUGUGCGAGAAGUCCGGCCGUGAAAGCGAAAUCAUGUCUUGCAAAGCCGCAACCAAGGACAAGAAGUCGAGUUUCAGCAAGAAGCUGUUCAGGCGAGGCUCUGUGCGCUCCGUGGGCAGUUUCAUGAGCAGAGUCCUGAGAACCCUCACAGCGUUAUCCCACUUUGGAUCUGAGGUGCCAACUGAGGAGGACAAAGAUGACGGGGGCUUCUCCACUUUCAAAUCCGGAAGCAAAGACGUGCCCAUGGAUGAUGGGGACCUGGGGGGUUUCCUGUCUCGAGAGAAGAUCCCUGGAGUGUCAGGUCUGAAAAACCACGGGAACACCUGCUUCAUGAACGCCAUUCUGCAGUGCCUCAGCAACACUGAACUCUUUGCCGAGUACCUCGUCUUGGAGCACUACAAAGACGAGGAGCUGGAUGAGGAUAAGCCCAAGACAAAUGGUCUGCUCCUGCAGAAGAAGGGCCCUCUCAGCAAAGGAGAGGUCACGGAGCAAUUGUCAGGACUUGUGCGGGCUUUAUGGACCUUUGAGUACACCCCCCAGCAUAGCAGAGAUUUCAAGAAUGCUGUGUCGAAAAAUGCCACCCAGUUUAAAGGGCACGCUCAGCAUGAUGCUCAAGAGUUUCUACUGUGGCUGCUGGACAGAGUGCACGAAGACCUCAACACAGUCAACCCAAGUAGCAGGCCUGCUAUAAAGCCACCUAUUGAAGAGGAUGACCAAAGCUUAGAGGGCCCUUCCCCUCCCCUCUCUGCUGGGUCAUUUGUACAGGAACUUUUUCAAGCGCAGUACAGAUCCUCUCUCACGUGUCCACAUUGCCAAAAGCAGAGCAAUACGUUCGAUCCAUUCCUCUGCAUCUCCUUACCCAUCCCACUGCCACACACACGGCCCCUGUAUGUGACAAUGGUGUACCAGGGGAAGUACUCUCACUGUAUGAGGAUCGGGGUUGCUGUUCCCCUCAACAGCACCGUCUAUCGCCUCAGAGAUGUGGUGUCACGUGAGACAAAGAUCCCUAUGGACCAGUUUGUUUUGACGGAAAUGUACUAUGAUGGAUUUCAUCGAUCAUUUUGCGAUGACGACGACGAUCUCGACAUUAUUCAAGAGAGCGAUUCCAUAUUUGCCUUUGAGACACCGGAGACCUUCAAACUGGAAAACAUACGCACAAAGAGAGGAAGUCUUCUGGCAAACUUGAAUCACAACAACUUGAAGUACGGGACAGAAAUCAGCAGGACUCCGUCUUUCAUGCAGGGGGCCAUGACUCCUUUAACCGCAUCCCCAAAUAAAAACCUGGGACCAGAAAAAAUCAUUCUUCUGGUGUGCAACAGAGCUUGUUCUGGCCACCAAGGGAAGAGGUUUGGGCUGCCUUUUGUACUAUACAUGGAGCGCACUGUGACCUGGGAUGCUCUGCAGAAAGAGAUCCUGGAGAAAAUGCGUCAUCUGCUCAGGCCUGGCGUCUACAUUCAGGUUGGACCUUUCAGUCUUCGAGUCGUAGGCGUUGUUGGUAUCACCUACCUCCUUCCUCAAGACGAGCGCCCACUGUGUCAUCCCACUGUUGAUAGAGCAUACAAGUCCUGUGGACAGGGAGGGCCCCCACAUGUGAAGAUAGUGGUGGAGUGGGACAAAGAGACCAAGGACUAUCUGUUUGGACACACUGAGGAGGAGUACAUUCCUGAUGCUGAGAGUGUGUAUCUGCACAGGGAGCAACAUCAUCAGCCACAGGCCUGCACCCUCUCUCAGUGCUUCCACCUCUACACUAAAGAGGAGCAGCUGGCCCCAGACGAUGCCUGGCGCUGUCCCCACUGCAAGCAGCUGCAGCAAGGCCGCAUCAAGCUCAGCCUGUGGACGCUUCCGGAUGUGCUCAUCCUGCAUCUCAAGAGGUUCAGACAGGAGGGAGACCGCAGGGUGAAGAUGCAGAACAUGGUGAGGUUCCCGCUGAUGGGCAUGGACAUGGCGCCUCAUGUGGUGAAGAGAAGCCAAAGCAGCUGGAGUUUACCCUCCCAUUGGUCGCCAUGGAGACGGCCAUAUGGCCUGGGAAGAAACCCAGACGACUACCUGUAUGACCUGUAUGCUGUGUGCAACCACCAUGGGAACAUGCACGGAGGCCAUUACACAGCCUACUGUAAGAACUCCAUUGAUGGUCAGUGGUACUGCUUUGAUGACAGUGAGGUUUCACCAGUAGCUGAUGAUGACGUGUGCCAGCAGACGGCCUACAUACUGUUCUACCAGAGGAGGACGGCUAUCCCCUCCUGGUCAGCCAACAGCUCUGUUGCUGGUUCCACCAGUUCCUCCCUGUGUGACCACUGGAUCAACAGGUUACCCGGCAGUAGGCCUGCUAGCUUGGCCUCUGGAGCCUCAUCCAGGCGCACCUCUCUGGCAUCAUUGGCAGAGUCUGUAGAGUUUCCAGGAGAACGCAGUGAAGAUGACGGAGGAUUUUCUGUCCGGCCUUUUGUGAGGAGCAUUCAGCGUCAAAGCUCGUCCUCCAGGUCGUCCAUCGCUAGUCCUUUAGCCCUCAGCGACAGUGGGAUGAAACCUUCGUGGUCUCUCUCUGCUAAGCUGCAGAUGAGAUCCAACUCUCCCUCACGUUUCUCCCUCGACUCCCGAUGUUCUCCUCCUCUGGAGAAGAUCGGGGAAGCCUGUGAUGACAAAGUUUCCACGUCCUGCUUUGGCAGCUACAGCAGACACGAGCGCUACUUUGGCAGCAGGACUCCCACGUCCAUGAUGGAAAGCAACUUCAGUGAGCCGGAAAACAGUAAAAGGUUCCUUGACAUGAUGUACUGCAGGGCUCCCACUCCAGUGGACAAGAGGAGCUCCAAAAAUGAGCAUACUGAAAACAACAACCAGAUCACAGCUAUAGACCAAAACAUUCUACCGACCCAAGGUACUCCCUCCAAAGAACAAAAACGCAAGAGCAGCAUCGGAGGAUUCGGCUCAAAAGCAGAAAGCUCGGCAAAGAGUUCCAGCAAAGAGGAGCAGGAAAAAAGCUCCAAAAAACGCUUGUGCUCAACCCAUAAGACCUCCAGUCCUGAGACAUCUUCCGGUACGCCUGUGAAAGGUAAAAAGAUGAGCAAUACUAAAGAGAAGAGUGUAAAUGCCAAGAAUAGCCCAUCUACCCCCAGUGGAACCCCCUCCAAAAGAAAGGAGGCAGCUAAACCUCAGGAGGCAACGCCACAGUACAAGCAAUGUGUCCGCUCCACCCCUCAGUCCUCGGCAUCUCCCUCGCCAACUGCAAAGAAAGCCCCCAGCGUCGCCGAGAAAACUACCGCGAGUAGUCGGAAAAAGAUGGUCGAAAGGAGUUACAGCAGAGAUUCUAUGCACACGAGCCCCCUGGUGGACACCCUCAGGAGCUCGGUCGGCCGCUCUUCGCUGUCCAAGAGCGGAGAAGGCAACCGCACUGACAGGAGAUUUGUGAGGAGCUCCAGCAGCAGCUCUUCUGUCACCAGCCUGCGCUCCCCCAGCGUCUCCACCAGGGACCUGCAGCGCAGCAGCAAAACCGAGGAAAAAGGGUUGUCCUUCUUCAAGAAUGCCCUCCGACAAAGGGAAAGCCGCCGGUCGGCUGACUUGGGGAAAAGCUCCCUGCUCGCCAAGAAGACCUCAGAAAGGACAAGUAAGCAAAACGGGCAAGCCAAGGACGUGGGCGGUGAUAACGGAAAGACGGGAGACGCUGCGUCUUCCAAGACCCCUGCAGAGACUCAAGGGGGUGAUACAAAAUCAACGAAGAAGGAGUCUUUCAAGACCCCCAGCUCUCUCAGCCGCACGCUGUUAAACGUUGGCAAAUCCAAGUCUUCCAUUUCUGAAGUAAGUCUCAAGUCUCCCUCUAAUGGGAAGAAGCCUCCCGAAAGGAUGGCGUCUUUCCAGAAGCUGUCAUCGAGCAUGCAAUCUCCUGCACGUACAACACAGAGGCCUCAAUGACGAUUCAUGCAAGUAACAAUGAGUACUGAACAUAAUGCAGCUUUUUUUUCUUUGUGCCUAUGUUUCAGUGAGCACCAGUGUAUUUGUAAAGAGACAUUUCUUUGAUGAUAUGGUUUUGUUCAACGGCGUCGAAUGCGUAUGCUUUUGAGCUCUGAAUGUUGGCAGCCAGCUCUGAGUCAUUUUUGUUUAACUGGAAAAAAAGAGAGGCCUGUACAUCAUCAUCAUAUUAAGGUGCCAAACAGUUGCCUGGUAUUCUGCCAAAACGUGUUUAAAAGAGGUGCAGAUUGUCUCCAAUUACACCUUGGAGCAUUGGGACUGACUUUGAUAAGGAUGACUGCUUGACAUAUUAGAUGUUUUCUAGCAUGGAGGAUUAAUGAUCCAAGCACAUUCAGCUGUAUGUCACACCCCCUCCGAUUGUGUGUACUUGAGAACUAUUUGACAGCUGACAAAAUUCACAAUUUGAAUCUUGAAUUCCAAUUAUCUUUCCAUCACACAAAUGCUUUUUAUAUCUUUGCAUCGCUGCAAACAGUGAUUUUAGUUUGCAUGUGAAAUAUCUAAUAUAACAAGCGUCCUAUCCUUUUAAAGACACAAAGGGUGUAAGUACGCUGGCUGCCUGUCACAGCAUUUAAAACUCAACAGCAUCAGAAACAAAACUUUAAAAUCAAAGUCCUUUCUCUGGACAAAUACUGAAACUGAGCGCACACACACACACACACACACACACACACACACACACCUAGAAGAGUUUCAUUCCCAAACGAUUGUGGCUGAGCGUUGGCAUUCGUUUUCAUCGAUCAACACACAACCCGUCGGUCCGUCCCUUUCUCUUUCCUUCUCAUGCGUUUGGUAAGAAAGGAGUAAGGCUGGUUUUAGGUAAAGAUGUUCAUAGGAACAAAGACUACAUUUAGAGAUAAGUAAAUUAACGCGUUGUUUCAUGGUGAUGUAAAACAGAACUACAGAUGUGAUGGCGGGUGAUGCUGGACCAAAACAGAAAAAGGUUUUAAGAAUCGGUACACACAUUGUUCUGAAACUUUCCAAUAUUUUCCACUUAUUUUUUCUUCAAUAAUCAUACUUUUUGGAUAGACAGAUUUUAUCACAUGCUUAUUUAGGGUUAACUCUCUUAUUAUUUGUAUUUUUUUGAGGAGGUGGUGAGUUUUGGAAUGAAACCCUUUUCAAAUCAAAGAAUAUAAAUAGAAAUAUAUACGUGUCUGUACAGAUGUUGACAAAGUAUGUCGUAUAUUACUCGUCUUUUCUUUCCAUGAGCAAGAAGAAAAUGAUCUUAAGCGCCUUUCAAUACUUCCAAUACUGUACAUGGAAACAAGUAAUUGCCUUUGGCAACAUUGUAGUCUACUACUGUAUGCAUCACUGAGUAGGAAUGUUGUAUGGUUUGCACUUUGUAUAGAGAAAGUAGUUUUCUUUGACCCAGAACAUUCAUAUUUAUAGAGAUAUAUAGAUACACACUAACUUAACGAUGUCAUGAUCUCAUGGGAAUGUGUUCAUGAUUUAGACAUGUUGUAAAGUGGUGUGAACAGGCCUUAGACUUGAAAUGGUAAAAGGGUACAUUCAUCUCAAUGUUUUAGGGGUCAUAUAUGUUAAAAAAACAAAAAGGCUCCUUCACUCCACCUGGUGCUGUAACAGACUAAUGCUCCUCUAGCAACAAUUAUUCAAUGGAAAAAACUUCCAAUGCUGAUGUUGAAAACUGUGACCACACACUUCAGUGAAAGUCGGCAGCAUUUCUCCUAACUUGUGGUACCUCAUAGGAGAGUAAUAAUACUUUUCACAUUGUUUUCUUCAUCAGGCUGAAAGUGAAAAUCAAUAAUGAGCCAUUUCAUGAAUCCUAGAACUACCUUGAUACACGUCCUUGAGUUUGUCCUAAUAUGAACGUGCUGGCUGACUUCUCUGCAUGGGUGUAUUUACGGCAGCUGUCAUGACUCUGGCUGGUCUCGUUGGGAACAAUCGUCUUUAUUAACAACUGCAAUAUUCAUGACAUGAGAUACCAGCAUAGAGUCUGUUUUUAUUGAGUGAAUGUGUUAACGCUAAUCUAAUCCGAGCAUUAGUACGUUUUUACUUAACACAUGAACAUUUUCUAUCUCAGCUGUUUCUCUGUAGCAUCUUCCAGGUUUACAUCAGUUCUCAGAUGGUUUCUGAGGAAAUUCCACCCUGAGUAGGGUUUAUUGUUUGUUAUUUUGAUGGCCUGAGCAGGGUUUGAGCAAACAAGGCAGCCUUCAUUUCCAACCACAAGUUUUCAGACUUCAUCUCAUUUAGUUUAAAAAAAACGAAAAAGCUUUGUGGGAAACGACAUGAUAUGUCAUGUUUUGGGGUGGAUAGCAUGAUUAAAAAAAGAAGCUAAAUUGUGACUUCUGUUUCAUUGAUAUUAAAUAUCAAAGCCAAAGAAAAAACAGAACUGAACACAGGGUAAUUAUAGAUUAUGUUUCCUGUUUUUUUUUACUCCAAAAUCAAGUCAAGCAAACUUGAAACCAGAGCCUGAAAUCUGACAUUUAGAGGAAAUAAAAAAGUUCUCCAUUGGCUUCUAAAAACAUCGAUAUAGCCAAAGAAUGAACGUAUCUUUGUGCCCUUCAAUGACUUUACACAGUGUGCUGCCUGUAACUUCAGACUAGGAAUCAUCUGCUGUGAUGUUUCUGUCUGCACACUUCUCAUGUAGGAGCUCUGUUUUCUCUGCGGGACUCUUUUCUUUUUUUUUUUUUUCUUUUUUUUUUAAACAGCAGACCGAAAAGAGCGGCUACAUUGCUCAAGCCCUCAUCGACCAUUAAAAUAACACGGUGAUGUUUUAAAAGUGGUGGGUUUUCCCCUUUAGCUGCUCUUUUCUACUUUUCAUUGUAAUCUAUCAGGAACCUAUGCAUGGCACUUUGGAUCAAGGCAGGACCAUUUAAAAAAAAAAAAAAAAAAAAAAUGCUUUUAGCAUCUCUUUUUGUUGUUUCGUCUUUUAAGCUAAGCAUUUAGGAUGUGGUGGCUUGUGUACAUUUUUGAACAUCUGCUCCUCCUCUUGCUUCAGAAGAUGUUUCAUGGACUUAUCCAUUCUCUAAGGGUAGAGCAGUAGGACGUUAGGCCCCACACUUUACAGUUUGCAAUGUGAGUCACAAUGUUAUUUUUUUUAGCAAAACUUAACUUUAUAUGAGCAAAUGACAGGAUUCUUUUUCUGAACGCUGCAUAUGCAUUCAUAACAAUCGUUUCCAUGGCUACCAUAUUGCCUGCAUAACUGUUUUGUAUAUGUUCAGCUCAUUCAUGAGCUGAAGUCUGCAGCACAGAUGGUGUAAAAAAGUUCAAUGUAUAUAAUUUGAAUGUCUACAGUUUCACUUCGGUCCUGUUUUAAGUAACAGGAGCCUCCGGGUGUUUACACACAAAACAUCACACUUUAAGACGCGCAUGGGCGACAUAGUAGUUGUAGAGCUAUAAUCCUGUUUUAUAAUAUUCAGCAAUUAGACUUUAGGAGCAAUAGCUUCUAAAUACAGAAACAAAACAUGGCUGACUCAUUGAAUUGCAGACAACUACCGUACUCAUUAUGACCCGUGUGUCCGCAACUGUUGACAAACAGCGCAAACACGAUGUCAGAAUCAACACAUCCUGUCAAAGAGAAAGAAUCACCAUCUUCACAGAAUAGAUUUAGCACCCUAGCUUUCUUCACUGCACUUACAGUCUGUUAUUUUUUAUUUGUCGUCAGAGAACAGAAUUAAGAUUAUAUGAUUAUGGGAUGCAGUAUCGCAUGAAAACGCUAAUGCAUGUACUUCAUUAACUAUGCAAGCCUGUGCCGCUGUAAAGUAGAAAAAAAAAAAUAGCUGAGCGUAGACGGUGUAUUCAAUCGUUUAAUUUGCACACCAUUCAUCUAUUUAGACCCUUUAGUACAGAAUACUCUCUGUACAGUAAAAGCAUUACACUUAUAAAGAAUGCCUAUAUAAAGAUCGCUUUGAACAUUCAACCAUUUUUUAACGUUUCAAUUUAGUUUCCUCUUAUUUUAGGAUUGAAUUCUGCUGAUCUGUGCUCUCUGGGUGCUCCUACCACAACCUGCUGGGUUACUGUUUUUCUUUUUUUUUAGGAUCAGAUGUUUAAUACUUACAGUUGUACACCAGCAGUCAACACUAUACAUGUCAUUCAUCUCUCUGUGGUUCCUGAAUAGCCUCACGUAUGUUGUGGAAAAAAGCCUUCCAUUGAUUCACUCUUGUGAUACGUUUGUGACGCCCUGUUGAAAUGUUCUCUGCUGCGUCAAAGAUGUGGCCAGUUACUUAUAUAAAGGCAAUGCAAAUAAUUCAAAUAUAUAUAUAUAGAUAUACAAUACAGCUAAAUGCAAUAAAGAGAGAUAGUACGUUUGUAGUUUUAUAUGACAGUAAGUGAUGAAAAAUGGCAUUAAAAUGUAAAUGUUCAGUUGUUUUUUUAGUAUUUAUGUCACAUCAUUCAUUUAAACCAUGAUGUGAAUUUUAUUCUUUUAUAUUCCCAGCAGUCUGUUUAUCAGCAAACGAAAGGCAACUUCCUUACAUGCUGUAAAAGCUGCACCGCUCCGUGUUUCUGAUAACCACAUCAAUCAGUGCACUCGUUAAAAUGCAUACAGGUCUCCCUGCAGAAGUUAAUUAAGAUUACAGAGUUCCUGUUGUUGUUGUUGUUGCUGUCGUCGUGACACAGCUGUUUUUGUUUUGUCGCUAACAAAGUCAAAGAAAGUUCCACGCUCUAAAGAGGAAACCAUAAAUUAAUGUAAUGAUCUGCAACGUUUCUGCUCUGGCAUUUUACCACCGAAUCAAGGUUUUUAACAACCCCAGAAACUCGGACUACAACAUCCUACUGGUUAACAGCAGCUCUUAAAAAGUGUCUUCAUUUGUCAUUUAGUUUUGGACUUUGGUAACACUUUCAAUUAAGGUCACAAUAUUCCCCAUUAUCUACAGUAGUUGCUUGUUAGCCUGCUAACUGUUAUCAUACUGACUGCCUAUUAGUCAUUAUUAAGCACUUAUUUCUACCUUAUUCUUUAUAAGCAGUGCUUCUCAACUGGUCUAGCCUCGGGAUCAACUACCAACUCCCUUUUGAAAAUUGCCACCCAAAUUUUGGAUACUUUUCAACCAAUCAGAUUGAGUUAAUAAUAAUUUGUACAGUUUGGACCUCAGACAGUCAUUAACUAAGAGUUUCCUCUUAUUACUACUCAUUGAUAGUAAGUUAGGAAGUCGUUGAACAUGAUUCUAAUAUUCUUUUGCUUACUUUUACCUUAUAAAGGCUGUACUAAGCAAAGCAUAUUAAGAUCAUAAUCUAUGGUCAACAACUUCAUAACUUACUCUCUAAAGACAGUUAUUAGGAAGGCAAACUCUUAGUUAAUGACCUAGUACUUAUGGUCAUAUAGAAUAAGGUAUAAAUACGCACUUAUUAAUGACUAAUAAGCAACACCUGUAGUUAAUGGUGAGUAUUGUGACCUGAAUUUAAAGAGUUACCCUGACUUUGUUUCAGGGUUAGAUAUAUAAGACUUUUAGUGGUAUUUUUUUAACACUACAAACAGAUGAUGCGGAGACGUUUCCGAAGCCUUAAGCCAGGAGAAUUGUAAUGAAAGUGUCGAUAUUUUUUUUUAAUGAUACUAAGGAGCUGUGUAAUGAAUGAAUGCCAUGACUCUCAUUUACAGCUCCUAAAGCAAACAAUGAACACUACAGUGCUAAAUGAUUAGCAUGCCUCCCCAUUUAACUUUUUGUCUUUGACUUAUGACUUUUUUUUUUUUUUUUUUUUUUUUAAACCAUCAUUUGUAAUGUCUUUUGUAAAGUCCUGUUUGUUGCAUUCAUUAAGAGUUUUACUGUAUUCAUGUUUGUGAGCUUCACGGGGUUGUUUUGUACAUCUGCAAAGUCUGGAUGGGCCCUAAUGUUUCUAUUUUGAUUUCUUAUUAUAUUUUUUACAUGUAAGCCUUUAUUCCAGUGCUCGCCUCUUUUGACUUCUAGGAGUUUAAGACUCUGUCUGAGUCUUGUAUGUUAAUUUAUUUCUUUUUUUUAUCAUCAUUUAUGCACUUUUUUUUAAAUGUUUCUUUGGAUUUCUCUAAAAGGACAAAUGUGUACAUACUUUGUUGUUUUACCCAUGCAAGUACAAUUAAAAACAAAUCUGAUUAAAAAAAAAUAUUGAAACAGUUAA